AUCAGCAGCGUACGUACAGUAACUGACGCGGAUAACGAGGAUGCUCCGGCUUCUGUGGACUUAAAUGUUUCGGAGAAAGCAAGCAGCCCAUAAAUCACAUCAGAUUAUAUCGUAUGUUUUGCUUCUGGUGCAGAGAAGUAUAUAUAUAUAAAUAAAUUAACGGUUCAUACAUUUAUCUCCCGGCCUCCGACGGGACCGGAUUGUGCUUCGCUGGCAGAAAGCUGCAGACCGACCUCACGCCUCAAUAACUCCACACAACUGAAAUGUUGGCUUGUUAAAUGAGCUGCUGUGUGUGCGUGUGCGUGUACAUAGGAGCAAGGCUACAUCCAUGUGACACCUCAUUGUGACAGAGAGGCCUGAGCUGAGGUCAGAGCAGGAUUCACAUCAGCAAACUGGAAUGAUUAUUUUGUUGACGGUACUUGUGAUACGUUCAGGUUGCGGAUCAGUGCCAUGAAAUGUUCUUUCCACAGCUACAUCAUCCACUGAUUAAAUAAUAAUAAAAAAAACAGCUGGCUUAUAAUGUGUUUUUCCUAUUGUGUAGAAACAAACACUGGUGCAGAAAAUGGAGAUUCCCCGUUUCCCCUCCACUGGGACUGUAGGACGGAAUCCAAGUGUGACUUCACUAUGUUUGGCUCAGUGCUGGCUGGGUGAGCAGGGUCACCGGCUGGUUAAGGAGGCAGAUGGUAAAACGUCUUUGAGCAUAAACCCCUCAAACAAAGCAUUUAGCUUUGGGGUGUCGGACUCAUUUUAGUUCAGGGUCCACAUACAGACAUGUUUGACUUCAAGGAGGCUCGACCAGUAAAUAAUAGCACAAUAAUAUAGUCAACUUUAAAAUUUUUCCUUUGUUUUAGUUCAAAUAACUGCACCAUGACCAUAAGAAAAAUAAGGGAAAUUUCUGCAGAUGUCUGCUUUCCGCUAUUCUUAUUAAAACAGUGGACGAAUUAGGACUUUUUAUUGAAAAUUUGCAGUUAAAAUCUUGUAUGUUAUUCAUGCUGCGGGCCGGUUGUGACUCGUGUUUGACAGCUGUGCUCUAAAGGAAUCGGUUCCAAUCUUAAGUGUGAUAAUUUUCCGACGCACGUCAUUUGUUAUUAGUGUAAAAAAAUUUAUAGUCGCUUUAGCAUGUUUACAACCUAGCUUUGCCUCUAUACAUUCCCAAGCAUUUACAUCACGUAUCUCCCUCCUCGGUGCUCAUGUACAUCCAUCUGUGUGAAGGGAUUUGUUGUGGCUGCCCACGGAAUGUGACAUGCUGAGUCCAGAGUGGUAAUUUAGUGGAAAAAGAUCUCUACCACCGUACAAGACAACACACACACACACACACACACACACACACACACACACACACACACACACACACACACACACACACACACACACACACACACACACACACACACACACAGAGAGAGAAGAGCAGGGUACUGCACACGCUCCAUGUUUUUAUCCUGAGGCAGCACCCAGAAGGCAUUUUUCAAAAGGUGAAAAUGUGACGCCGCGCUGCGAAAGGCCCAUUUAUCAACUUCCUGUUCACCUCAACUGUCGGAGGAAUGAGGGCAGAGGAGGAACGCUAACAAUGACGAGCGGAGGUCAAGGUACGGCGGAGUGGAUAAUCUCAUUACACGGCCGUAAAUCCAGCCCACGCUGAACCUGACGUGACCUCUUCACGUCGCCAAAUACAUCCAAUUUAAUUAAACAUCACUCAAGUCAAAUCAUUUUGUCAUCAGGUCGUUCUUAACGGACUGGACCUCCUCGAAGGCGCGCGCUUCCUUCGUUUGGAGCGGAAAACGGCGCGGUGACUUCACCCCCGCCAGGUUGGACGGAUGAUCCGCGCAGACGCCCGGCAGAACCAACACCAGCACCCGUCCAUCACCGCCCUGACAGCCUAAUAAACCUAACAUCUGAGCGACACAUAACACACAUUCGCACGGGGCUGCUUAUAUCAGCCUGCAGGACGGCGGGCCCGCAUGCAUCAGUCGCACACUCACGCUUUCCAGAGGCCUUUAUCGUCAGCAGCUCUGAAUCACAGAGGAGGGGAGCGCACCGGCAACAACAACAACACAGGGUGCAGACACUGAGCGUCGGAGACCACACCAGAAAAAAAGAAGCAGCAAAGUAGUUCGCUGUUGUUGUUUUUUUUUGAGUCAAGCUGGCUGCAGACGAGACAAAACCCCUGUUGGAGGAGGGAGAGACCGGCAGAGAACAGGAGGUCCCGGGGUCACGCGGGAUGUUGGUGCGAGUCGAGCUGGAGCGGGACGUCCCGAUGUCGGUGACGCUCCCCAUCCAGGUGCAGCCCGACCCGGCGCACCAGCCCUUCCCCUUCCUGGACACCACCCUGGCAGAUCUGGGCAUCCAAGAGUCGGAGGUGAAGGAGAGGGUGGUGUGGGUCGACACCAAGAAGACGCAGGUGAAGAACAAAGCGGGGAAGCUGAAGGAAAAAGAGAUCACCAUCCUAGAGGUUCGAGUGAAAGCCCAGAAGCCUGGAGAGAAGCAGCUGCAGGAGGUCCUGUACAGCACAGAGGCUCACACUGACCGCUCCUUCUGCCGCACCGGAAUGAACAUCCUGCCCUGGAAACAGACACACACAGGGGAGAACGGACUGACACCCGUGCAGAUGACUAUGGCGGUGGACGUGGAGAACCAGCAGCCUGGCUUUACAAACGGACAAAGGGAGAUCUGAGGCAAAGACCCACCAGCGUCCCUUUUUUUUUUUCUAACUU